GUGGGUUUCAGCUUUGAACCAACAUGUGGCGUUGACAAAAAGACGCCCCCUCGAGCCAAAAGACUUGGCGCCGACCAAUUAACACACCUGUGGAAUAAAAGUCCCUCCCUGUCACAAACCCUCCCUUUUGCUGCACGACCACCUGAGACUCAUCCGCUCCCCUCGGCUCCUCUAAGCGAGCAGGAUGGAGACCCCUCAUCUCAUUGCGUUGGGCCUCGUGGUGCUGCUGCUGCUCGUGCGCUUCCCUCCGGCCGUUUGGUGCUACAGCUCCGGUCAGGUCACAGCCAGCUGUGACAGCAUGGCGCCCAACCACGGGGUCAGGGCACAGACAGGACCGGCGCCCUACAGCGUCACCCUGAACAGCAGCAGCUUCAGUCUGGGAGAGCAGGUCACAGUUCUGCUCCAGGCUACAAGCACCGACUCCUUCAAAGGUUUCCUGCUGAAGGCUACGGAGGUGGGGAGUCAGGCGGCUGUGGGCUCCUUCACCGGGCCGUCAAACGCUCAGCUUCUCAGCUGCAGUCAGAAGCCUAACUCAGCUGUGUCUCAUACGUCGUCAUCUACAAAGACCUCAGUUCAGGCAACGUGGAUUCCAGAUGCACCAGGAAGUGGGAAAUCCAUUCAGUUCUUCGCCACCUUUGUGCAGAGUAAAUCCGUGUUCUGGGUUGCUGUUAAAAGUUCUGUCCUCACCUGUACUGGUAAUGGCACUGGUGGACUCACUGGGUCCACGCAAACGGAAACGCCUGCUAUUGUCAAAGCACACGGGUCGCUGAUGCUGAUAUCCUGGAUGACGACCGGGACGCUGGGGAUGCUCGUAGCCAGAUACAUGAAGGGAAUGUCCAGGGGAAACAAGAUGUUUGGCAAAGACAUGUGGUUUGUGUGCCAUGUGCCGGUGAUGUGUGUGACGGUGGCAGCCACCUUCAUCGCCUUCAUCAUCAUCUUCGUGUACGGCCAGGGCUGGUCUGGGGGAGCUCAUCCUGUGUUGGGCUGCCUGACCAUGAUCCUCUCCUUCAUCCAGCCCAUAAUCGCCCUAAUGCGCUGUGGGCCACAAGAUGCCAGGAGAUAUGUGUUCAACUGGACACAUUCUUUAAACGCUCUGGUAAUAAAACUCUUGGCCGUGGCGGCCAUUUUCACGGGCCUGCAGCUGAUCGACGGCAGCGACAGCCAGUGGAUGGUGAAGACGAUGAGCGGCUUCGCUGCCUGGGAGUGUUUGUUCUACGUCUUCAUGGAAGCUCGGUUUAGAUGGAAAACCCACAAUCCAGAUGUGAUGGUAACAAAAACGACUCUGCAGCUUCUGUCUUUUUUGUUGCUGCAGGAAACAGCAGUUGCUACCAACAGAAGUAUGAGUCAAAGGCGUAUUCAUACACCUGUAGACUCCGCCCACUCCUCCACGUACCUGUCCGUUUGUCCUUUCUUCCUUCCGUCUGUCAUUUAUAUUUAUGACUCAACCCUGAACAGCAUCAUCAGUCACAACAUCUGUGUCCUGCAGCCUGAACUUGUGAACAGACUGGAGACGCCUCAUUUUACUGCGAUGGAGCUCCUGGUUUUGCUGCUGCUUUGCUUCUCUCCAGUGGUUUGGUGCUAUUCUACAGGUCUGGUUACGGCCAGCUGUGACUCCAUGGUGCCCCAACAUGGGGUGCCCGCACAGACCACACCAGCGCCCUACACCGUCACCGUGGACCGCACCAUCUUAAACCUUGGAGAUCAAGUCACAGUUCGGCUCCAGGCCACGGGCUCCAACGCGUUCGAGGGAUUCCUGCUGAAGGCCAUGCAAGCGGGGAGCCAGACGGCCGUGGGCUCCUUCUCCGUGUCAACGACGGGCGCUCAGCUCCUCGCCUGCAGCCAGAAACCUAACUCAGCUGUAUCCCACACGUCGGCGCUUAACAAGUCUCAGAUUCAGGCAACUUGGACGCCAGAUUCGUCAGGAAGCAUGGAAUCCAUCAAGUUCUUGGCCACCUUCGUGCAGAGUGAAUCCGUCUUCUGGGUUGCUGUUCAGAGUCCUGUGCUGAACUAUAUCAGCACCAGAGCUAAUGUAUCAGCUGGGAACGCGACAACGUCAACAAGCACAACCACACAGACGCCCAGUAUCGUCAAAGCACACGGGUCACUGAUGCUGAUAUCCUGGAUGACCACCGGGCCGCUGGGGAUGAUCAUAGCUCGGUACCUGAAAGGAAUGUCCAAAGGAUACAAGAUGUGCGGCAAAGACAUCUGGUUUGUGGUCCAUGUGCCACUGAUGUGUUUGACGGUAGCAGCCACCAUCAUUGCCUUCAUCAUCAUCUUUGUGUUCGCCCAGGACUGGGCUGGGGGAGCUCAUCCUGUCCUGGGCUGCCUGGUUAUGAUCCUCUCCUUCAUCCAGCCCAUUAUAGCCUUUAUGCGCUGUGAACCACAAGAUGCCAAGCGAUAUGUGUUCAACUGGGUCCAUUCUAUAAAUGCUCUGGUCAUAAAGAUCUUGGCCGUGGCGGCCAUUUUCAUCGGCCUGUCUCUGCUGGACAGCAGUGACAACCAGUGGUUGGUGAUGACCAUGAGCGGCUUCGUGGCCUGGGAGUGCUUGUUCUACAUCUGCAUGGAAGCGCAUUUCAGAUGGAAGAUUCACACAAACAUGUUGGCAUCAGGAACGACAAGCGUCGACAGUCUGCUGGUGGCUGUGUUCUUCCUGGGAAACAUUGCAUUUUUAAUAGCACUGCUGUAUGGAAUCGGAACGGCUACGGUGGUGCCAUAGAACCACCACAGACCUUUAAAGCAUUUACCAAGUACAUGCCAUACUGCAUUCUUUACAUAUAUUGUAUAUAUUUGAUCAUGAAAUGCUUGAACAAAAUUAUACCUUGAAAGUACAUAGGGUCCUAAAGAUGUAAAGUAAGAAUGUUUACAUCUACUUACAUUUGGUGUUGUAUGAAAGUAGACAUCAAUGAUCAGGGAUCAGUGAUCUACAUGUCACACUUCAGUCGUUGUGAUUGUCCUCGAUUAUCCAUCCACUGCUACGCUGACAGCCAGAAAGCUGAUCCUGAUUAUGACAUUUUCAUUCAUUUACUGUAUUUUAACAUUUAGUCCUUGAAUAGAACUGUACAUAAGCACCUGUGUGAUAUGCCACAUUUAGUUUAAACAGUGGGAGAUUAUGAAUAUACUAAAAAUACAGUCUCAGGAACCUCAACGUUUUUUUGUAUUGCACAUAAUGUAAAUGUCUUCUAUGUUUUCACAAUUUGUCUCGUCUAUGUAAAUAUGAAACAAAUGUAUUUUGACUUUUGUAAUAUACUAGGUUUACUAACAUAGUAACAUAGUAAUGAAUAAAUAACACCAACCAACAAACAAGUCAAUCUAAACCAAAUAGCUGAAGGUGUAGAAUUUAUGUAAUAAUGCUACAGGUUGGCUGCUAACAAUGGAAGUCAGUGGCAUCACUGCAUCUGCUGCUGUAUGUGUGUUUGUAUUUUUUAUGUAUAUAUUUAUUUAAAAAUACAAACAAAUAAAUCUAAUUCUUUGAGGCAAAAAUGUUUUAUUACCUUCAGGUAACAAAAGCAGCAGUAUCUGAUUUUAACCACCUCAUGCAGCGAUGGGAGCUUAGUCAUAAAGAAAGAAUGUAUUAUGCAUGUUUGUGAGGAUUUAUUUACAAUAAAAAUCUACAUUAAAUCUA